CUGGUUGCUUCUCUCUCGCCGACGACGGCGCUGGUCUGCCGCUCUGCCGUUCUUUCCCGUUUCCGCGAUUAUGGCUCGGAAGGUUCUGCCUGUCCUCGCUCUACUCACGAUUCUUCUGUCGCUCUUGUCCGCCGCUUCCUCUUCUCCGGAAUUCCAUCGCCCUCAGAUUUGAAAGAUGCGGUGGUGAAAGGGUUAGGGUUACACGCCGACGAUUUCAAGAUCUCGGGGUUCGAUUUGAAGGAUGCGCUUGUGGGGCACUCCGUGGCUUACGAAUUCGACGUCGAGAUUGACAGCCAAGCGAUCCCGUUCAAGCUGUUGGAAGAUGUGAAUCGGUGGGAAUACGUCGACUUGCCUAUGUUUAGGAUGGAGGAGGAUGAGAAUGCCGUGGCAGAGAAAAGAAAUGGGAACCCUUUGCCGGUAUUGGCCCCGUUCCAGCUUGCUGGUCCUAUGGAGAUUUGGAUUCAGGAUGCCAAGGACAUGCGCCUCUCUUUACCGCAUGAUGUGGAUGCUGGAGUGUUGAAGAAAGUAAUGUUAGCAGAUGGUGCUGUUGUCACAGUGAAGGGUGCAAGAUCAGUUAGCUUACGCCACCCGAUUGAUCUACCACUGCCCCUCAACAGGACUGAGAAUGGUUUUGCUGCGGGUCUUCUUUCUCUUGCAGAACAGCUACGGCAGACAUCCCGAGCUGAGGGUGCUCCUCUCAUUUCUCUGCGCAUUGUAGGUCCCACCAACUUGGAAUCCCCAACCUCCACUACACCAUCAUCUAGUAACAAGCUCAAGCUCAAGCUCAAGCGGCUCGGCCCAGGCCUAGUGGAGUUAUCGUCUCCCAUGAGGUACAAUGCUCUAUCUACAGAUGAUCUUGAAGAAGCUGCUACCACUGUUUUGACUCCCAAACAUUUCUCAACAAUGUGGCCUCUCGCUUCAUUGAAUGGUUCCCACGCUAAUUUAGUUGGCUUUGAGAAACUGCUCGCCUCUGUGCUGGGUGCCAAGGCUAAUGAGAAGGGUUCCUUCAAGCUGUUGAAGGCUGAUGUUUCGGCACAGACAUAUGUGAAGAUAGGUUUUGGUGUAGAGAAGAAACUGAAAGAAGGAGAUGGAAUUGUUCUAGAGGGGUUUGCAGACUGGAGGACCAAGCCAGAGUCAGUAAGGAUGCAUUUCGAGGUGCUGGCCAAAGUUGACGGCCAGAAGGUUAUACCGGAGAGAGUGGUGCAGCUGAACCCAGUCACCAUUGAAGAUACCGUAGCACCUAAUGUACUAGCAGGAAACAUAACCAUGUCUAAGGUUCCAACUGUUUACACGCCCUCCAAUCCUUUCACUCUGUGAACCGGUGAAGUACGUGCAUGCCGAAUUGAGUUUUGCUGGAAGCUAUUUGUAAAGUUGUCAUCUUUUUCCCUCUUCUGUUUGUUACCUUUUCAACUCCGGUUUGAUUAUACCUAGAUAUGUAUACUGUAAAUGUAAUACUGGUGCAUGAACUAUUUGCAGAAAAGAAUCUACCAUUUGAUCUAAUGAAAAAGAAGCUCUCUUUUAUUUGUCUCUAAA